AUGGAUGGCAUGCCGGCUGGGCCGUCUGUGCGUGAACUUCAGCGCAAGCGACAGCGGUAUCGGGAUACGCCGGGCUGUGCUGAGGGCAUACGGUACCGCGUCAGGCUUGAUACGUAUCGUGUACUCUUCCGGAAACGUGCCCAGGCCGGUGAAAAGGGCUGGAGGGACUUCACGAGGUGGUGCGUCCGGCAGAGCUGGUGCGACGGCGCCGACAAACUUGACGACCCCAAGGGCAACGAUAGCGGGAUAGCCAAGAAGUGGCUGCUCUUGUCCCGCAACGACGUAGAGGCGCUCGUUGACUUGCCUGCCUCUCCAAGACAGCGCCGCGUCGAAGGUGCCGAGAAGCUUCAGGGCUUGUUUCCCGGGUCCGAAAAGUUCUUCGCCUCGCGGCUUAUCGAGGACGGCUGGGCAGCCGGGAAACGUGCGCGGAACCACCGAGACGUCGGCUCCAGAGUCCACUUUGAAGACGAGAGGGUUCCCGUUGACACGCACCUCAACGUACCGCCCGUUGCGGGCCACCGCCGCGACGGAGUGGAGCUCGACGGAUCCGAGAACAAUGCUGUGACAGACGUGAUUCAGAAGGUGGCAGAAUCAUACAAGUGCAAGCCUGUUGAAGGGAUGCUGUCGCACCAGUUGAAGCAGUACAGGAUAGACGGGGAGAAGUCGAUCAUCCAGAACCCGACGGAAGCCCAGAGGAAAGAACAUGAGAAGUGUGAGUUUGAACUGCAUGAAGUGUAUGCGAUCGACGUCUUGGUGAGCACAGGAGAGGGCAAGGGUCGCGAGAUGGACACCCGGACGACUGUGUACAAGCGCACUGACGAAACUUACUUGUUGCGAAGCAAGGCAUCUCGAGCCUUCCUUAGCAUUGUAGACAAGCAGUAUGCUUCUAUGCCAUUCACACUAAGGGCGUUUGACGAAGAGAUUAAGGCAAAAAUGGGAGUCGUUGAGUGUGUCAACCACAAGCUACUUGACCCGUUCCAGGUCCUGUAUGAAAAGGAAGGUGAAUUUGUGGCCCAGUUCAAAUACACAGUGCUGCUGAUGCCGUCUGGCUCCCAUCGCAUCACGGGUGGCCAGCUGGACCUUGACCUGUUCGAUUCUGAGUACAAGGUGGAAGAUGAGGCGCUCAGUGCUUUGCUCAAUCGCUCAGUGAUAGCCAGGUCAGCUAAGAAAAAGAAGAAGAAAGCAGAGAAGGCACUGUUAACGGGUGGUGAUGGUGCCGGGGAGGCAGAAAACAUGGAUGCCGCGGAGGACUGAUGGGAUCUGUUCCCAGGAAACAGACGCACGCUUGGUUGUUAACCUGGCCUAGGUUGGUGAUGUCUGAGCUUGUUCUGA